AGCCUGCGCAACUCUAGCAGCCGACGCGUCUGUAGCGUUGUGUCGCGGUACCUGUUUACGAAUCUUUGUCGUUGUAUUUUUAACUUUUCACUCGCAGCUCGUAGAUUUCGGUACUUAAAGGAAACCGAGCCCUCCUGAUCAGUCAUGGGAGACAAGUUGAAACUUUUAGUUGCUGGUGAUGUUCGAGGAAAUUUCAAGGCGUUAAUGAAACGUGUUUCUACUGUGAAUGACAAGAAUGGGCCCUUUGAUUACCUCCUAUGUGUUGGUGAUUUCUUCGGACCUUCUGACAGUGAAUGGAAUGCGAUUAAAAAUGGCAGUAUUCCAGUUCCUGUGACAACCUAUGUUUUAGGACCAAAUUCUGAUGAACACACAUCCAAGUAUUCUGAUAUCAAUGGCUGUGAACUUUGUCCCAAUAUUAGUUAUUUAGGCAAACGUGGUGUAUUCACCACAAGUGACGGACUGAGAAUAGCAUACGUCAGUGGUCAGAAGGAAGGAACAUCUGACACUUCUUUCUCCGAGAACGAUGUCAUGUGCGUGAGAGAUGUUUGUUACAAAGGUCAAUCUAAUUUUAAAGGUGUUGAUAUUCUUGUAACAUCAUGUUGGCCGAAUGGUAUUUCUCAAAAUCACCAGAAAGCUGAGAGCAAUCUGCCAUCAGGAUCUCCACUGUUAUCUUGGCUGGCAGCUCAUAUCAAGCCUAGAUAUAUUUUUUCUGGGAUGCAUGAUGUUUAUUAUGACCGCCCUCCAUACAAGAAUGAAGCAGCUCCAGGAGAUACUUCUCAGCACAAUACUAGAUUUAUGGCACUUGCAUCUGUUGGCAAUCCUUCAAAACAGAAGUGGUUAUAUGCACUGAAUAUUGUUCCGAUGGAACACAUGCGUGCUUCUGAACUUCUUCAGGGAACGACAGAUGAAACAAAGAGUCCCUUCCCUGGUCUAGCAUAUUUCUCAAAUCCUACGGGAAGUCAGGAGAAAGCAAAUCAGUUCUUCUAUGAUAUGAAUGCUCCUAACGAUAGGAGAGGAGGAAAACGUGGGCGAUUUGAUGACGGUGGUCAAGACAGGAAAAAACGAGAAAGACCAGUUUUUGACCAAGCCAAGUGCUGGUUUUGUCUUGCCAGCCCGGAAGUUGAAAAGCAUCUUGUCAUUAGUGUGGGCACUCAUGCAUACUUGGCUAUGGCGAAAGGUGGCCUUGUCGAGGACCAUGUAUUGAUUCUGCCGGUAGAGCACCAUCAAUCUACUGCAGAAGCCCCACAGGAUGUGCUUGAUGAAAUUGAAAAGUUCAAAUCGGCUAUCAAGAAAGCGUGUUCCAAGCAGAAAAAAGCAGUAGUGUUUUACGAACGAAACUACAAAACUUCACAUAUGCAAAUACAAGCCAUACCUAUUCCAGAAAACGCAACAAAAGAGCUACGUGAGAUAUUCCAAGAGUCUGCUGAAGCUGAAGGAUUUGAGCUGGAUGAACUUCCAGAGCAUGCAAAGCUAGAUCAAGUGGCCGGCCCUAGAGCUCCAUAUUUUUAUGUCCAACUUCCAAACGGAGAUAAACUUUUCCACAGAAUUAAAAAAAGCUUUUCUCUGAAUUUUGGCAGGGAAGUUUUGGCUAGUGGACCCAUUCUGGAUAGGGAACACAUGGCUGAUUGGAAGGAUGUAAAGCAAGACAAAGUAGAAGAAGUUGCACUUGUAAAACGAUUCAGGGAAGCAUUCCAACCAUAUGAUUUUACACUGGUGGAAUGAUCAAGUACAGUAUUGCAAUCUUUGUAACAAACUUCAAACAAUCUCUAAAUGAAUUUAAAAAUAAACCUGGUUCAGUGUUCUCUA